AUGCCUCGUCCUGCUCCAAAACGAAGUCGCACAGCGGGGAAGAGUCAGAAAAAGAGUGCAACAGACGAAACGACCCAACAAAGUGACACUGCCGUAUCGCCUGUACAAGAUCCGAGACAUACUCUACGCAAUCAGACGCCGUUGACCAAGAGUCAUGAACAGGCAAUCGAGUCUUCACCCCUGGGUGACCGGCCAGGCAGUCGGCCUGGAACUGGAAGUCGUCCCCCUACAAGAUCACGCGGUUAUUCCUCUACGUUAUCGUUUGCUGGACGCAAAGGCGAUGCGAGUUCGCGGAUUCCUGGAACGCCUGGAUUUGAUAACUCGGUUCUGAGCAAUUUUAGACGGCGACCCCGACAACAAAGCAUCCUGCAGAUGAUGCAGGCCGACGAAGAUGGCUCAUCUGAACUUGAUGAUGAUGACUUCCUGGGAGGACUCAGCCCAAACGAUGAAUCGACGCCGCUCAAUCGUUCCCGAUCACUACAUAUCAAAUCCUCGUCACCGCUCUCGGCCGGGUCGAAGCGCAAGCGCAUGACCCAAGAGAUCCAGGUACCCCAGUCGUCGCCCGUGGAUGUAGAAGAUACUCCAAUUGCGGCACCGCGGGAAGAAGAUGACAACGAAGAUGACAACGAAGAUGACAACGAAGAUGAGGUUGAAAGAAUCGAAGCUACGCAACAGUUCGAACUAUUAAGCCAGACUAUGUUACCACCGGCCAGCAGUCCUGCUGGCUCUACGGCUGACUCUACACGGCCUGUUCAGAAGAAAAAGUCCACUCAUCUAUCGACAGCAAGCUUACAAAACAAGCUUCUGCCGCGCCGGCGGCGCAGACUCCAUAAUGAUUCCGACGAAAGCGAUGACCAACAUGAUGCUGCAUUUGGCGAUGAGGAUGAAUUGAACUAUCCAUCCCGAAGGCCCCUCGCAAGGAACAACAAGCCCAAGCCAUUAGUCACCGCGCAGAAUCCGCAGCUGAAGGUCCAACAGCAGGAACCCGUGUAUCCACGUUCUCAAGGCGUGGACAAGGAAAAUGAAAUGCUGUCAUCACCGUCUUCUUCCCCAUUGUCCUCGCCACCGGAGUCCGAUGUGUCUGAUUCCGAAUCUAAGGCUCGUUGCGUGAGCGAUGAGUUGCGCGCGGCAGUCAAGAAGUUUGCCGAAGUGGAUCAAUGGGAAAUGGAGUUUGAGGAUGUCUCUUCGGAGAACGAAUAA